CACUCUUUUAUACGAUCCUCGCCGCCGCUUUUGUAUCCUUCUCUCUCGCUUUGCUCAAGCUCUCUCGGAAAAAACUACUUCAGCUUCUCUCAUCUGAACUCAGAAGAUCUCCGAGUUCGUAUCUUCUCCGUUUGAGCAAUGGCUUUGAUCUUGCACACAUACAAGGGAAACUAAGGUGCCUUUAAGGCACUCGUUGCUGCUGAGUAUGCAUGUGUGAAGAUCGAGGAGGCUGCAGGUUUUCAGAUGGGCGUCACUAACAAAUCCCCUGAGUUUCUUAAGAUGAACCCUAUUGGAAAGGUUCCUGUGGUUGAGACUCCUGAAGGUGCCAUAUUUGAGAGCAAUGCCAUUGCCAGAUAUGUGAGCCGUAAGAAUGGUGAAAACUCUUUGAAUGGAUCCUCCCUCAUUGAAUACGCUCAGAUUGAGCAAUGGAUUGAUUUCUCCUCGUUGGAGAUUGAUGCCAACAUGUUGAAGUGGUUUGCUCCUAGAAUGGGCUAUGCUCCUUUCUCUGCUCCUGCUGAGGAAGCAGCUAUUUCUGCAUUGAAGAGGGGACUUGAGGCUUUGAACACACAUCUCGCUUCCAACAGUUUCCUUGUUGGACACUCUGUUACCCUUGCUGAUAUUGUAACCAUCUGCAACUUGAAGCUGUUUCAUCAUGGUGGAGAUGAAGCUGUUUCUGCCAUAGUUGAAUCUCUGCUUAUUGUUCUCCAACCUUAAACCGUAUUAGGUUGCUUAUGUAUUGGGCCAAUUGCAAAAUAAAACUGCUUUGGCUACUGUAAGCAAAGUACUGAGAGAUGCGAACGAGCACCAAACGAGUAGACAUGAGGCUGCAGAAGCGCUUGGUUCUAUUGCAGAUGAGCAGAGCAUUGCAUUGAGUAUGUUGGAAUUUGAAAAUUCCGGAAAAUCAUUUGAGGUAAACACUUUGAUCUCAAAACUCUUGCCCUCAUAUCUGAUGAAUACUUUGGGACUGUGAAUAUGUAAUGACCCCCCCUUGUUCACUAAGGAUGCUCAAGGAUCUUCACCAUUAUUCAAAACAUUUACCAACAAACUUUAGCAGAAAGCAAACAUUUUUCUACAGAGAUAGAAGCUACUUUAACAACUCAUAUUGCACGAUUAUUAAUUUAUUAUAGUUAUCUUCGUUGUGUAAGCUUAAGAUACAUUGUAUGAUGGGUAUGGAAGUUUUCCAUUGUUUAAGUUAAGAAAAGGGCAUGUGACAUUGUAAACCAAAUCCAAAUAAAAUUCUGUUUAGCAACA